GCUUUGGAUGUUAAUGUGUUUUAUAUUUGUUUGAAAAUGGUGAAAUUGUCAAAAAUACGUAUGAAGGAGCGUAUCAAAAACAGCGACGAUGAAGCGCAGGCCAACAGCGAUAAUGCGAAAUCGAACGCCACAGUAAAUAAGGCACCCAAAAAAGAAGCCGGAAAGCAGAAGAGCAAGACGCGCAAACGAAAAGUGGCCCGGGACAGUUCAACAUCUUCAGGCAGCAGUUCGGACAGCAGUAGUAGCAGCUCAUCAUCUAACUCAUCCAGUGGGAAAUCGGCCGCUUCACCUAAACAUAAGAAACGAAGCAAGAAAACGUCAGCCACAAAACAUGCUCUUCCCAGCGACGAACGCCCCAAACACCAACCCAAUGAUGAAUAUACAGACGAGGCAAAAGUGCAGGAGCAGCGUUCCAGAUGGGACAGUCCCGAACGUGGAGGACAGCGACAUAAUUCGAGCAGAAAUAAUAAGUCACGCCGACGCAGUCGUUCGCGUAGUCACGAACGAGGGAGGGAUCGAGAUCGUGAUAAUCAAAUACAACGAGAGCGCAACGCACGGGAGCGUAGCAGGGAUCGGAGGCCACGAUCACCGGCACAACGCCAGCGUGGACGUAGUAACGACCGCCGCGAUCGCCGGCGCGAUGAUGAACGAAGACCUCAGCGACGCAGCCGGAGUCGCAGCCCCCGCGAUCGUCAAAGAAACAGGGAUAAUAGGGAUAGAGAUUUCGCAAAUCCACGUCGUAACCAUCAGCGCCGUGAUGACAGAAACAGAGGUGAGGAGCACUAUGAGUGGGGCAAGCAGUCCGAUGACAAAGCACCUCCGCCUGAUGACGAAAAAUCGAUCGAGAAGGAGAAACCCAACUUCGGUCUAAGUGGCGCACUCACCGAAGAUACGAACAAAGUAAAUGGAGUCGUGAUUAAAUACUCAGAGCCGCUAGAAGCACGAAAACCGAAACGUCGCUGGCGUUUAUAUCCCUUUAAGGGUGAGACCGCGCUUCCCACUCUUCACAUACAUCGACAAAGCUGCUUUCUAGUCGGACGUGAUCGUAAAGUUGUUGACCUAGCCGUCGAUCAUCCCAGCUGUUCAAAGCAGCAUGCUGCUCUACAAUAUCGUUUGGUUCCUUUCGAGCGUGAGGAUGGCACUCUGGGAAAACGUGUGCGCCUUUACAUCAUCGACUUGGAGUCCGCAAAUGGCACGUUUCUAAACAAUAAGAAAAUUGACGGGCGCAAAUAUUACGAGCUAAUGGAGAAGGAUGUCAUUAAGUUUGGUUUCAGUUCACGGGAAUAUGUUUUGCUGCACGAGAACAGUAAGGAGGACCAGGAGGAUGACGAUGUGCACAUAAAGGAGGAGCCCGAAGAUAUACCAGCGGAACCCAAUCCUUAAAAAUAUACAUAACCCUCGAAGCAAACACACUCGUACAAGGCAUCCGAAAAAUUGUUAGUCUGGAUUAAUUGUGGUCAGAUGAAAAUAAGGUUUUCUUAUAUAGGUUUUUAGUUUCAAAUUCUCUUCAUAUGUGUAGAUAAAGCAGUUAAAUUUUAAAACUCAAUCGUAUCAAUUAGUAUUACGACUAUAUCCACCAAAUGUCAGCCACAAACAUAAAAGUUUUUUUUUUCAAUUAAGCCAUUCUUUCUACAAUUUUUGUAAAUCUCUUUCAAAUGUACAAUUAAAAAUAUUGUGUGUAAUAUUGUCGAUUAA